CUCUGUCAGUCUUGAGAGCAGUGGACAACGAAGUAGGUGCCAUGACCGAGCAUGGCCUUGCAGGAGCAAACGACGACAGCUGCCAACGAAAUGAUGUUUCUGUCUUUUGACAGCCAUCUACAUCUACACCCUGCUCUUCGCAUCACAACUGCAUUCGUACGUCAGUCUUCACAGCUUUCAGCUAUUGCCAUCACUAUACUUUUCCGACCGAACGACGCCCUUUCAGCGCAGAACAUAUCGACAUCAUGAGCUAUAUACUGUCCAACGACAACGGCGACGGUGUCAAUGGCAAUGGGAUCAACGGUAAUGGUGCGAGUGGCUCGUCUUCAGCAAGUCCUUCGGGCUUUCGACGAUACUCUGAUCCAGAAGAGCUCGCACAAGCGGUCGGAGGAACUGUACAGCAGCACAUGAGAGAGAACAGAAUGGACAUCGAAGGGGUACCGGGUCCCAGCAAUACGCCUCUCGAAAUAUCCGCGGCGGAAGAUGAUGUGCAAGAGUCAAGCGCCAGCUCGCCAGCCCUAGCACCCCUUCGCAGAAGUGUUCAGCGAGCACUAUCGCACAGUGAGUUGGGGCGACUACAGAAUGACAUCAAACAGAUCAGAGACCGCCAGGCGCAAGAUAUCGGGACAGUUUUGUCGAUUCUUCGUCGAAUCGACAAUACUGUUCGUCGCAUUGAGCAGAAGCAGGGGAGAAUGGGGGCCAUGCUGGCACCGUCUUUGAAUGCUCGAGUCAGAGCUGGCGCUUCGAGCGGACCACAGCCUCAGGCCGUUGUUGUGGAUGAGGACGAGAAUGUGGACAAGGCUCGGCAGGACAGCGCUGCGACAGAUGUAGCGAAUACCCAGGUGCCAGCUCAGCCCGUCGACAGCGGUUCAGACAGCGGCGUGCCCGUCAUUCCGAGACGCAGAACAGCAACGUUCAUCAUUGGUCCAGACCACAGUCAGGAAACCACCGAGGCCGACACGCCUGAAGUCCAAGCGGUCUUGCUUCCCGAUGGAAUGGUGCCAGUACCUAGCCACGCUUUAGACCAACAACAGCCGGAAGGAGAAGCACGCGAGGACUCUGACACCUUCCCUGCGCCGUCGGUCUCGUACGCAGAUCUCUCAUCGUCUGCAGCCCAAGCACCAGAAGCAUCGUCCUCUGAUACAGAGACUUCGCAUGUUGUGGAACCUUCGCCAUCCACGAGUACCAUCACCUCUCCUCGUCCAAAGGGCAAAGAGCGCGUCAACGAGCCUGGACCUUCUGGUACCAGCAACCGCACCGGUGACGACGACGAUCGCCAUCUCGUGCAUGAGCAGCCUACUCCUCGUGCCCAAGCUGCUUCUCAUCCUCCGGCACAGCCUGACUACGUCGAUCCAACAACAGGCAUCGACUCGGGAGUAUCGGAGGAGGCGUACAGAAGGCAUCUGGCGGACCAGGAAUCCAGCGAGGAUAACGAGGUCAUCGGCGAUGAUAAUGGAACUUUCAUCAUUGGCGACGAUAAUGGGAGUGAAAGUGAUGAGGCCAUUGGAACAUCCUUCGAUUGAGUGUUCACUCGAUAGAUGGGUGGCCUGGUUUGGAACAAUUGCCUUUCGCUGAAAUAAGACAACUUGCUAGGAACAGAUAAAUCUUGAUCAAACACUCGUGAGCG